UUCUUCAACUCCAAAAUGGCUGAUUUUCUCAAUCGAACCCUGAUCAUUUCGGAUGAUCCUGUCCGCCUGCCACUCAUCGGAAGUCCAUGGCCCGCGCUCACCAUCAUUUCGAUCUAUUUGCUGUUCGUCUUGAAGGUGGGCAGGAAGUUUAUGGAGAAAAGAAAGCCCUACGAUCUCCGUGGAGUCAUUAAGGCAUACAACAUCUUGCAGAUCGUCUACAACACCGUUCUCAUGUCAGGGGGUAUUUACUUCUUGCUCGUGCUGAAGCCGUACGACAUGCGCUGCGUACUCACUCUGCCGCUGGACCACGAGUACAAAAACUGGGAAAGAUUGCUCACCUACGCGUACUUCGUCAACAAGUUCAUGGACCUAAUGGAGACGGUGUUCUUUGUGCUGCGAAAGAAGGACCGCCAGAUAUCCGUCCUGCACGUCUUUCACCACCUGGCGAUGUCCUUUGGCGGCUACGUGAACAUCACCUUCAACGGCUAUGGAGGCGUUUUCUUCCCAUCCUGCCUGCUCAACGUGGCGGUCCAUGUGAUCAUGUACACCUACUACUACCUGUCCUCCGUCAGCAAGGAUGUGCAGUCGAGCACGUGGAAAAAGUACAUCACCAUUGUCCAGCUGGUGCAGUUCCUCCUGAGCCUGGUGAACUUCAGCAUCACCCUGAUGCAGCCUGACUGCAAGGCCUCGCGAAAUACGAUAUAUGUUGGCAUUUUAAUGUCCUCGACUUUCCUCCUGAUGUUUAGCAACUUCUACGUUAGGAACUACAUAUUGAAACAAGGCAAACAGAAGCCCGAGCUGAAAUCCGAAUGAGGCCGUAAAUCCUUCGAAUA